GAUAAACUCAAACACGACACAGCAUGAGCCACUGAACUCGCCGUCUUCUGCACCGAACUCCGCGCCAGCGACGCCUCGGCAUCUUCGUACGAGUGCUCAGUCUUCCCGCUCACGAUCCCCGGCCUCACUCAAGUCCAUGAAGUCACCGAUAUUAUACUCCCCGUUCCAUGUUUCGAAAUCUACUGUCGUCUCGUCCGUAUCGACAGAGCAGGUCGAAGCUCCGAAGAACUACAUUGACUUUGAGGAUGAGCAGGAGAAGUUGAAAGGACUGCUGAGGAAGAGAGGCGGGGUAAAAGACAGGACAGUGGCGGACGCGCUCUUGCCGGGCGGAGAGAAGGUGAAGCCCUUGGGACCUGAUAAAUGCAGCCAUUCAGAUUCUCUGGAUACCACUCCACCAGAGCCACCCGCGAGCCAAGAAUUUGUGACACCAAGGUCUUCUAGCUCGUCCGGGGGAUCUCCUUCCAUCCCCUCUACCCCAUCUAUUCCCUACACUUUUCAUGUGACCAAUGCUUCUGAGCUCACGAACUGGUCGCUCGUGAGCCAUUCUAUCCCCACAUGUAACGGCCAGCCCAGCCCAGUCACCGCUUUGAAAGUUGUGCCCAGUAGCCGGCUGACCGUGGCACUCUUUCAGUCAGGAGUGUUGAGUGUAUACGCUACAGAAGAUGGCAGCUGUGUUGCCACAAGCUCGGCGCAAAUCAAUCCUCUCACCCCGCCUCCGGGUGGUGGAACACGCGCCCAGUUGCCAGUAAUAUGGCACUGGAAAUAUCUGCACGUCGCACCUUUGAACCAGUCUAACCUGAUACUGGCUUGUGCAAGCUCAGAGGCGACCACCUCCACGAUCCAGCCGCACGACCUGGAGAGCGGUGAGAGGUCUGAAGAAUCGCGGAUUGUCGCCUUCGAGCUGCAAGUUGAGCGCGAAGAUGAUCCGGACUCUGCCACACUGACAAAGGUUGGCGACUGGGCCAUCGACGGUCCUGCAGGGAGCAUUGCUCUGCAUACAGCCGCGGACGGACAGAUCACGCUCCUCCACGCCAACUCCUCGUACCAUCUCAUCCGCCAGAAACUAAUUCUUGUCGACGGCCCCCCAAGCCCGGACGCGGACCUCGAGCAGUCGGGUUCGAGCACGCAUCUACCGCUGCCCAAUCCCUUCAAAGCCGCCUUGAACUUGAAGGGCCUGCGUUCGUCGGACAGCCUCGCUCAAGACGCCAAGGACGACGACGGCGGCCGGAUUGUCCUGACGAACACCGUCGAUCUCGGGCUUCUCAGCGCGCCCCUGGCGGCGUUCCGUGUCCUCAAUUCGGACACGCUGUCGUUGGCGCUGUCGUGGUCAAGUGAUAAGCUGGCUGUUUUUGACAUCGCUGGGUCGGCUGUUGCGGAGCUCGGCACGGCUUCUGUGCAGGGCGUAUGCGACGUCCGGUGGUCUGACAGGGAUUCGUUGACGAUCGCUUUCAAGGAUCAUGCAGAGAUCCGAGAUCUGGUCGAGGUGGACGCGAACAAUGACGCUGUCAGUGAACAGCGCGCUUCUGGGACCAAAAUGCUAGACUUCCAGAUACGCCGCUCAGUACCAUUCUCGCCUGUCGAUCUUUGCGUUCUGACGGCUUCUGGAGAUGUCGUGGCUGCUCGAACCAAGAACGGGCGACUGCGCCUGCAAGCUACUUCACUCUCUGCGUUCGCGGGUCCUUCAGACAUAUCCACAAGAGUGGUGUGGAAGCCCCGUAGAGACGUUGUUGAGAAGACACUAGCGAGGCCAAGGAUCACAGCCAUCCUUCCUUUGGAGCUCGACGAGGUCAUCCUCGGCCACAGCGACGGCUACGUGUCAUGCUGCUCUUUCAGCCAGCUCGCUCGCGGUUCCACCCGCGACCAAGCCAGCUUAGUCUCGGACGUCCCUCUGGCUGGACGCAUCUGCAGCCUAUACACAACACGGAACGACCGAUCGGGCGAGAACUUGAUCAUCGGUGGCUGCGACGACGGUUCGGUCGCCAUCUGGGCCCGGAGCAUUUUGAAGCUGCUCGCGCGCUGGACGAUCUUCACAGAGCCGCUUGCAGAGGCGAUCCACGUCGCGAGUGGCCGGCUCAAAGAUUGUGUCUUUUGCGUCUCUCGGGACGGGACCAUUGCGGUGAUCGCGCUGGAUGGGUAUCAGCUUCUGUUCUUGGUGCCCGCCUCGGUGGCGCCGCUAUGCAGGAUCUGCCUCGGAGAAGACAAUUUGUUGCUGAAUUACGGCGAUAACAGGGCUCGCUUGUGGGACACGAGGACCAGGGAGUUCUGGCGUUCCAUGGGCGCAGACAAGACGGACGACAUGUUGAAACAGGGUGGAUGGACAGAAUGGCCCAUCCCGAUUGAGUCGCAUGGCGGACCAAAGGGUUUCUAUGCUUUGCCAGGAUAUGAUCAGCUACCUGACGCUGGCGCGACUCUGGUCCUUGACGUGGAAGCCUUCCUGUCUCAUGUGGCGGCGGCCAGCAUUGUCAAAGCAGGAGAAGCUGGUUCGAGCGCUGCAGCAACGUUGAAGGAGCGGAAUUUGACUGCCUUGCUGUCGAUGCUUCUUACUUUUGGCGUGAACGACGAGAUUGACCGGGUAUGUCGUGAGAGCCUCGGGGUCCGUCCUUCAACUGGUGGGGUAGGAGUUUCUCGACAUGGCUCAGCUACGGUGUUUACUGGGAACGCGCAGCAGGCUGCCUGGGCGGUCUCUUCCCUCGUCUCAGCGACACGUGCGACCAGCAUCAUGACGGUGCUCAAUGUGCUGUCUCAGCAAUUCGACGACGCACAUACAGUCUCUGCGUUCUAUGCUGCUUCUCUGGCUCAUGUGAUCAAUUCUCCAUACAAAGCUCCGAACCUUGCCUGGCUGGCCCGUACUUGGUUGCAUUCGUCAGCCGUAGAAAUGCGCAACUCAGCAUGGCUCCGUUUCGACGUUGGUAUCGCGCGCUUGCUCGACGAGGAGAUUCUGGAGGUCGUCGACGGCUGGCAGCGAUGCCUACCGUCGCUGCAGUCAGAUUCUUUGAAAGAUUCUACGCGGAGCGCUCAGGCACUGUUUAUCUGCGGAAAUGUCGCCAUUGAGAAAUACAGCCUGCUUCCCACGACCUCGUUGACCGACAUUGCGAAAUCCAUCGCCAUGUAUCUCCACGACGAGCAUUGUCCCUACAGGAUCCUGGCGAUCGACCUCUGUUCACGCGGCUUCCCUGUCUGGCAGCAGUAUGUGGACGCAGUAGAGAUGCUGCGUGCCUUAUUCGGACUCGCAACUGCAAGCCGAAAGGACAGCUCUGCGAUCCAGCCUGGCGUCGGUCAACAUGCGAGGAGUGCGGUGCUUAAUAUCGCCUCUGGGAACAGCCCGCUAUUUAUGACAACGGUGUCUAUGGACAUCUUGCAUCCGAAGAGUGUACAGCACCGCAAGUCAGUCAUGCAGCUGGUUAUUUUCCUUAUCCGCAAGAAACCGCUUGUUCUGUACAGCAACCUUCCGAGACUAGUGGAAGCUGUGGUCAAGUCCCUCGAUCCCAACUCGACGGCAGACCGCGAUGUGGUAUUGGACUCUGCGACAGAGAUCCUGGGGCACAUUGUGGACAGCUAUCCGACGGUCGACUUCCACGGCCCUUCGCAGAGGCUGGCCGUCGGUACCAGCGAAGGCGCUGUCGUGAUGUACGACCUAAAGACCGCGACGCGGCUGUACGUCCUCGAGGGCCACAAGAAGCGAGCGACGGCAUGUAGCUUCUCGCCGGACGGGCGCCGGCUCGUGACACUGUCCCUCGAGGAUUGCAAUUUGCUGGUGUGGAAGGUCGGCACAAGCUUCACGAGCUUCUUCCUCCCUGGCGCGCCGCCGAGGCAGGGGCACGGCGGUUCUGAACCGUACAAGAGCUAUCCGGUGCAUAUAGGGGAAGACGGCGUCAUGACCAUUGCGGCUACGCUCGAGCUUGUGAAGUUCGAAUGGCCCAGUGAUCGCAAUGUCAGGCUGGUGAUACGAGAGGUAACUCUCACGUUCAGCACCUGAUGGAAUACACACUGCUUGAAGACAGAAGUUCUAAAUUUACACCAAUGAAUAACCCAACUACACGGUC